AUUUGCUGUUUGGCUAAUUAUUACACCUGUUUCAGAGUUUCAGGUGAAAGCAACUGAAGAGAAGGCAAGCAAAAGUUUUGUUCUGGUUCGCUCUGUCAGGCCUCUUGGAAACUACAUUAUCUUUGGAAUAUUGCUGUGCAGAAAGGUUUACCAACAUGGUCACUCUGGGAAAGUGCCUUACAUGCUCAAGACUACAGUUAGCUGUGAUGUUUGUGGUAACAGUUUAUCUGAAUAUAGAUAUCACAGUGGCUAUGCAGAUAACAUCCACAGGGUCUCAGACCAUUCAAAGAGCCCAGGGGGAGACAGUCAUGCUGGGGUGCACAUACACCCCUGCCCCCUCUGACACAGGAGAUCUGGACAUUGAGUGGUUGAGUGUCCAUCCAGACAUGACCCAGAAAGACCAGCUGGUCUUAUCUUAUACAGGAGGGCAGAAAUUGCAUUACGGGGACCCCAGCUUGUCUAAGAGGAUGGACUUCACAGGAGACCCCGCGUUGGGAGACGCAUCCGUCUCCAUCUCUGCAGUGAAAGCCUCAGACACAGCCACUUACCAGUGCAAAGUCAAGAAGGCGCCGGGUGUCGACAUGCGAAAAGUCACUCUGGUGGUGAUGGUCCCUCCAUCAGUGCCUAAGUGUUGGGUUGAAGGCGUUGAAGAGAAGGGAGCUGAUGUCUCCCUGCGAUGCAAGUUAUCCGUGGGAUCCACCCCCCUUAACUAUGUCUGGAUCAGAGAGAGUGGAGGGGCCAUCCCGCCUACAGCAACACAAAACUCUCAGACUGGAGAGUUGAUGAUAAGAAAUCACUCAGAGAGCUACAUGGGAAAUUAUCUGUGUGUGGUGUCGAAUCCUGUAGGCAAAGAGCAGUGUAAAUACACCCUGCACGCAUACAACCCUCCCAACAAAGCAGGGAUCAUAGCAGCUGCUGUGAUUGGUGCACUGCUACUGUUGCUCCUCCUCCUGCUCCUCAUAUGGCUUCUGAUCUGCUGCUGCCACAAACGUCGCUAUGAGAAGGAGGUUGCCCAUGAAAUCAGGGAGGAUGCCCCAGCCCCAGAGAGCCGACCUGCCAGCAGGAACUCCAGCUUCCGCUCGGACCUAGGCUUCCGCUCCCCCCCUGGGGCAGUCUAUAGCUCAGUGACAAAAGGUCAGCCCAAGAGGACAGAGUCAGACAAUAGGAGUUUCUACACCAACAGUAGCAUAGGCAUGCCUGCCCCCAGCAAGCAGAAAGCCCCUCAUUUGCCACCUGUGCUGAAAUAUGACGGCAGUAAUGGUUACCCUGUGUAAUAAUGUUUUGGGUUGGGGUAAGGAUAAGCAUGAAACCUCAUACUUAAAAAAUGGUCAGUUUUAAGAUAUUUUGCCAACCUUCAGUAUAAACAGCUAUAUCACAUGCAGACCCGCCAUUACAGGAUAUGUAUAAUCUCAUUCCCAUGCUACUUCCACCCCGUACUUUGUGCAAUAGCCUGAAAACUCUUGGUGCAAUAGUGCAACUGGUAAUGUUUUAGUCACGUGAAGCUCCAUUGAGGAUUUUGCCAAUGAGAAUGAGUGAGAAAGAGAUGAUAUUUAAAGUGUAUGUCAGAUGCAGUAGUGUAAAAAUACUUGAAAGUACUACUUAAGUUGUUUUUUGGGAUAUCUGUACUUCACUAUUUAUAUUUAACUACAUUCAUAAAAGAAAAUAAUGUACUUCUUACUCCAUACAUUUUCUGACACCCAAA